AUGUCUCGACGCGCUACCCCGGGCCAAGCUGCCCAGAAUCAGCAGACCAUCAAAAGUCUGCUGAAACUUGAGCCCAAUAAGGUGUGCGCUGACUGCAAGCGCAACAAGCAUCCACGAUGGGCCUCUUGGAAUCUGGGAAUCUUCGUCUGCAUUCGCUGCUCCGGUAUUCAUCGAGGAAUGGGUACACACAUUAGUCGGGUCAAGUCGGUCGAUUUGGAUGCCUGGACCGAUGAGCAAGUCCAAAGUGUGCUGAAAUGGGGCAAUGGAAGGGCCAACAAGUACUGGGAAGCGAAGCUGGCACCUGGCCAUGUUCCGUCGGAUGCGAAAAUCGAGAACUUCAUUAGGACAAAGUACGAGGCUAAGCGAUGGGUUAUGGAGGGUGGGAUACCUGAUCCUUCCACCCUGAGUGAAGGGGACGACGAUGUGCCUCUUGCGCUUGUCCAGGAAAAAGCGAAGAUUGAGCGCUCCGCCUCCCAGCGAGUUGCACCUCCUCCCCAACCUACGCGCCGACAAGCCCCCAUUGAUCUCUUUGCCGAUGAUGAUAUGAUGUCUGCCCCGCCUAGACCCAGCACGACCGAGCCGUCUAAUCGUGCGCCCCCUCCCCCGCGACAAGCUCAGCCUACACAGCCCAAGACCCAGAAGACGGGCGAUUCAUUGCUUGGUCUAGACUUCUUUGGCAACUCUCAACCGCCUGCCGGAAGCCGACCGAGUAGCACCUCAUCCACUCCCGCUGCGCCGAGCGGUAUGUCUCGUCCUGAUUUGAAGCAAUCGAUCCUGUCUCUAUAUUCGAAGCCGCAGCCUGCACCGGUCCAACAUGAGCGGAACAACUCAUUUGGCGAUAUGGCAUCUCCGCAGGCCCCCUCAUCCUCGAACAUGGGGGGUGGACUCAGCUUCCCGUCUACAACUUCUCCCCCUCCAGCCAAGCCCGCCGAGAAGCCAUCUCCAUUUGCAAACCUCACAAACUUUGGCAGCGCCAAGUCGACGCCUGCUGCUCCCAAGGUUACCUCUCCUGCUGGAUCCGCUAGUGGUGACCUUUUCGCGAGCUUGACCUCCCCAACCAUGUCUGCAACAAAGCCCCAGUCGCGAAAUACUUCCAUUUCCUCAAACUCCCAAGACUUCGGAUUCGGAGGAUUUUCUUCGCCACCUCCCCAGCCCAAGCCCAACCCGCCAUCUUCAUCACUCUCCAAUGAUCUCUGGGGUCUCUCUUCUCCACCUCUCGCACCCGCAGCACCACCCAAGCCUACUGUGUCAUCUCCCCAGCAGGAAAUGAGCUCCGCAUUCAAUAUCUCUAGUCCGCCAGUUCGAUCUCCUCCCCAACAGACCCAGAAGCCCGCGGUUCCCGCCGCAACUGCCGCUGCUGCCGGUAUGAUGGACCCCUGGGGUGGUAAUGCAUGGGGCAACCCCGAGCCAGCUCAAGCACCCGCACCCGCCCCGGCCGCCCCGUCUGGUGCGUCCAUGAUGAAGGUCCCCGACACCCUGACUGCAAACGACGUCGGCAGUGGCUGGGGAGCUCCGGCCCCCAAGCCUACCCCUACUGUGGCCGCGGACGAAGACUUCGGCGGCUGGACCAGCGCUUCUCCCAUCACGCCUGCUACGACAGCAACCAACAAUAGCUCAACCAAGCCGGCUGGCGGGUUUGGUGGUGGAUCGGACGACCUUUUCUCCAAUGUUUGGGAGUAA